AUGACUUCCACCGCCGACAAGGCUGCCUUUGCGGAGCUGGGCCUGCCGCCGUCCCUGCCCAUCGUCUGGCAGGACAGCGUCGUGUAUGAGCGCGCGCGCGUUGGCCGCGUCUUCAACUACCGCCGGCCGGAGCGCUACCCGCGUGCUGUCGUCGAGGCCACCUGCGAGGACCACAUCGUCGCCGCGGUGCGUCUCGCCAACAAGAUCGGAUGCCGCGUGUCGGUGCGCUCCGGCGGCCACAGCUGGGCGGCGUGGAGCGUCCGCGAGGGCGCUGUGUUGAUCGAUCUGGGCAAGUUCUUCCACUUUCACCUCGACAAGGAGACGGGCAUCUUGGAGGCGUCGCCCAGCAUGACGGGCAGAAUGGUCAACGGGCUGCUGGCACCGCACAAUCGCAUGUUCCCCGGCGGACACUGCCCCGACGUUGCUCUGGGAGGCUUCCUCUUGCAGGGCGGCAUGGGAUGGAACUGCAAGAAUUGGGGUUUUGCCUGUCAGAAGGUCCUAGCCGUCGAUGUGGUGACAGCCGAUGGAGAGAAGCUGCACUGUGACGACAAGGAAAACAGCGACAUAUACUGGGCCGCGCGUGGUGCAGGACCAGGCUUCCCGGCUAUUGUCACUCGCUUCUAUCUCAAGACACUCCCGUCCUUUACCCAUGUCCGCUCUGCUGCCUAUAUCUACGAUAAGAAGGACUACCGAAAGGCCAUGGAAUGGAUCCUCCGCAUUACUCCCACAUUCGACGAGGACACUGAAAUCGUGGCUGUUGGCAACCACAUCCCCGGCCGCACUGGCGGACACACUACAAUCUUGUUUGUGACACUGAAGAAUAGCGAGGAGGAAGCACGAGCGGCAUUGCAGCCAGCUGAAGACUCAGCACCUCCUGGCCACGUUAUCACCUGGUUCAUGAAGGAGACGUCACUCCUCAAGGAAUAUGACGACCAGCAUGCCGCAAACCCCAACGGCCACAGAUAUGCCGUCGACAACGGCUAUAUCAAGAAUGACGCAGAUGUGAUCUCCGUCAUGGAAAAGGCAUUCACAACCCUGCCCUCCGAAAAGUCCUUUGCAUUGUGGUACGCCAUGGGCCCCGGGUCGCGCCGCAGCGCCGCAGCCGGCACGAUGCCCGACAUGGCACUGUCGAUGCAAAGCGACCACUACUUCGCCACGUACUCGAUCUGGGAGCACGAGGCGCACGACAGGCUGUGCCAGAGCUGGGUCAAGUCCAUCUUCGCCGAGGCCCACGAGCACCUGGAGGGCGCGUACCUGGGCGACGCCGACUUCCAGGUGCGCGGCGCCAAGUUCUGGGGCGACGAGCAGGGCAAGAAGCUCAUGGAGAUCCGCAGGACGCGGGACCCCAGGGGCGUGGUCGCCGGAUACCUGGACGAGGGAGACAAGAGCGGCGUUCAGGGCCUGAGCAACGAGAACCAGAUCAUGGCAGCGCCGAAGAUCUGA